AUGCAGGGCCUACCGGCGGACCAGCAGCAGCAGCUCAUGCAGGCCAUAGAGCAGAUGCAAGUGCGAGACAGCCUGCGCAUGUACAACACCCUAGUGGAGCGCUGCUUCAAGGACUGCGUGGAGUCGUUCCGCCGCAAAGACCUGGAUGCUACUGAGGAGAAGUGUGUCCAGUCGUGCUGCAGCAAGUUUAUGAAGCACUCGGCGCGGGUGGGCAUCCGGUUUGGGGAGCUGUCCAGUGAGGCGGAGACCCAGAUGCAGCAGAUGAUGGCGGGGCAGCAGGCGGGCGGCGGCAAGUAG